UUAUGCGGCGGGCCUUGGGCCAUUAAUUGUUGGGCUGUGCGAUGCUGUCGGUCCCCGUCCUCUCUUUCUUUCUCCCCGUUUCCCGUCGCGACGACUGUGCGACCGCCGCGGCCCUUCACCAAACAGGUCUUCGCCGGCGACGAGCUUUCACCUGUGAUAAUAGUCUUGGACACAGAAUGGAAGGGCGCCGCUCAAAUGAAGUAUCAUCUGCCGAAGCUGUCUUGGUGGGAGCACUGUCGUCUGGUGUUAAUGCCCCCACAUGGUUUGUGCUCAGGAUUACAUUUUUGCUCCUGGCCUUGUGUUUUACAGCGAUGCUUGCGCUAGCAUUUUCGUCCAAAAACUUUGUAAUUGUUGCGCAUGUUCUUCUGCUCGUAACUAUCGGAACCGUGCUAUUUGUGCUGCUUAACAGGUUUCUGGCUGAAGUUGGGCUCGUGCCUGUUGAACAACAGAUGAAGGAGAUGGGCAUCCACAAAACAGAAGCCACAGAUAAAGACAAAAGAGGCAAAAGAAACUAAUCAGUGACUGAGUUUUAUAAUAUGGAAGACAGUUUAACACCUUACAUCAUUUGACAGAGUGACAUUAUCUCGGAUGGUAGAAUGUGCAUUCACUUCAGACAGUACAAUUUUGCACAAAUGAUCAUACACCUUUGGACAUACUCCUACUUGCAAAUGGAAACCCUGGUCCAAAUCUGAAGUGAAAAGGAUGUAGCAGCAGAGCGCAUCAAGCCUGCUUUCCCUCUUCCUUGGGUUUGCUCUUCUUUUUCUUGAUGUAGCAGAAGCAUGAGCAGCAGGGGAUCUGAAACAAGAACUUCAUUGUCAGAGAAAUCACCAAUGCUUUGUUCGGAGAAGUGUGCCCAAGGGAUUUGCAUGCAAUGCGACCCUUAAAUAUACUACAUGGAUGCCUCAGCUUAUCAGUGGACAUUAGAAUUUGUGACUCAGGUGUCUUUGGCAUGAAGCUUUUAACCGCCUCUGAUACUUUCUUUCGUUUAUGAUCUUUGUGCAAUAUGGCCGUGUCAGUGAGCAGAGGAGAUUUUCACUGAAAGUAACUAUCGUUCCUUUCGUUUAUUCUUUAUUAACCCUAAUAAUGAACCUGAUUUCAGAAGUCCUGAUAGCUGUUGAUUCUUUGAAGCUUGAUUGAAAAGUUGGAAAAGCCUUUCGUCACUCAGGAUGCAAGGCAUGUUCUUUAGCUGCGGAUGGGUGCAAUACCCGUCAACCCGUGUAACCUUUUAGUCGUUCGGAUUCAGUGUAUACGUGUAACUCUACAAACAAAGUUGUCUAAAUACAUGUUUCUCUCGGUGUUUAAACU